AUGGACAGUAUCACGACGCUAACAGUCGGCCGGGUUUCCGGUCUGAUAGCGUUUGGGAACUUUGUUCUUACCGUCACGUUCCCAUUGCUUCUAGCUAUCGUGCUGAUUCACCGUCUGAGAGAUAAACUAUCUGCGGUAUCCUGGUCGGUGCUUGCCCGUCAGCUACAUUCAACAUUAUGGCCGAGCAUACUUCGGACAGACUCUGUUGCUGGUAAACAUGUUUACUGGAGUGUUUCGGCCUUGGCCUACACCAAUAUUGGGCUUGCAGUUCUUGGUGUUGUAUCUGGAGUCGUGACGCCCUUGGGACUUGGCGACCAUAUUCGCCCAGCAGAGAGUCGUGAUGUGAGCUUCCACUACGCACCCGAUCUCUCCAACUUCGGUAAGAACACAAUAGCUCGUCCUGUUAUGCCGUUAUCUCGGGAUUGUAUUAUCACCAGCGCUUAUUGCCCCGGAGCCAUUGUUCCCGGAGCAGUCAUUAACCAGGGCGAGGGUAACCGGUCUGCAAACCCUGACAUUACUGCCACCACGAGGAUUCCUGAGAAUAUCACAGAAAUGUUCUCAAGUGUUUCCAAGAAAUCAAGCGUAGCCGGGAUACUAGAUAUCCAAUACCGGUUUUGGCUGCCGUAUACUUCUGAAUACUUUGAUGAUCACAAACCUUACCCUAGAGGGCAGUUGCUAUCUCUUGAGUCCCUGAUUUCAAGAGACGAUAUAACUUUAGUUGAAGGCGUGAUUGCCGAUAUGCACUCUGGCGGCAUUGGUUUUCGGAACCAUAGUGUGCCGUCAGGAAUACCUUUUGGCGCUGAAUGGGAGGAAGAUAUUCUAUGGGUGGAGCCCGAAAUAUCCUGUGUCAAUACCAAUCUCACCUACGAGCUCACUCUGGCUGAUACUCGAAAUGGAACCUUUUCGCCGCCUAUCCGUUCAAUAGAACUCGUAGACGAAGGCGGAUUUUCCAAUCUGCGACAUGGAAAUCCUUAUAAAGGCUGGCCAAACAUCACGUAUGCAUCUCCGGACCCUCAACUUCGGGCGGAUCGAUCAGCUUGGCUUAACAAUUUCCUGGCUGGUUUUACAUAUAACCUCACAGAUGGGAAUUCCAGUGCAGUGGGAUACGGCUUUAACGUUACUCCCGGAAAGCAUUACCCUAUUGCUGGUAGCGUGCCGUAUUUUGUCACCCUGGAUAUUCAGUCUCUGUCUCUGAAUGGAGCCUGGUUAAACCUGCCAAGCGCGUCGUUCGACAAUAAUGGAACCCUGACCGUGGGCAACCGUACCAUUAAAAGUGCUGAAGACGAUCUUUAUUGGUAUUCCAUUGGGCUCUUUUCCGAACUGAAUGGCAGAUGUCUAGGGCAAUAUAAUGAUGCUUCCAUCAGAAAUGAAUAUAACGUUGAGUGUGGCCAUUUCUUUGGAGCAGCAUCACGGGUAGAUGGGGGAAAUCCACUAUUCAAGGAGGCUGGAUCAAAAUGGAGAAAGCCCAUAUACACCUGCGCUGGUGCUGUCAAAUCAUCAGUGAAGACUGUCUCCUUCGUAAUGAAUGGAACUGCCUCAUUGGAAUCCCUUUCUGUGAAGAAAAUGGAAGACAAGUGA